GAAAGGGGAACAUUUGAGAAUCUGCCCUCAGGAAUAUACAUGCUGCACCUCAGAAAUGGAGGACAAGUUAAGCCAACAGAGCAAACUGGAGUUUGAAAACUUAGUGGAGGAGACAAGUCACUUCGUACGCACCACUUUUGUAUCCCGGCACAAGAAGUUUGACGAGUUUUUCCGAGAACUUCUGGAGAAUGCAGAAAGAUCCUUAAAUGACAUGUUUGUUCGGACAUACGGCAUGCUGUACAUGCAAAACUCUGAGGUUUUCCAGGACCUCUUCACAGAGCUGAAGCGGUAUUACACAGGAGGCAAUGUGAACUUGGAGGAAAUGCUGAAUGAUUUCUGGGCUCGGCUGCUGGAGCGGAUGUUCCAGCUCAUAAACCCCCAGUACCACUUCAGUGAGGACUACCUGGAGUGUGUAAGCAAGUACACAGACCAGCUGAAGCCAUUUGGAGAUGUACCCAGGAAGCUGAAGGUUCAAGUGACUAGAGCGUUCAUUGCUGCACGGACCUUUGUUCAGGGGCUGACAGUAGGCAGAGAGGUUGCGAACAGAGUAUCCAAGGUCAGUCCCACCCCAGGGUGCAUCCGGGCGUUAAUGAAGAUGUUGUACUGCCCUUACUGCAGAGGACUUCCCACUGUGAAACCUUGCAACAACUAUUGCCUCAAUGUAAUGAAGGGCUGCCUAGCAAAUCAGGCUGAUUUGGAUACUGAGUGGAAUCUGUUCAUAGAUGCUAUGCUUCUGGUAGCGGAGAGAUUAGAGGGACCAUUCAACAUUGAAUCAGUCAUGGAUCCUAUUGAUGUCAAGAUUUCUGAAGCCAUCAUGAACAUGCAAGAGAACAGCAUGCAGGUGUCAGCAAAGAUUUUCCAAGGAUGUGGCCAACCUAAACCAGCACCUGCUCUGAGAUCUUCCCGUUCUGUCCCUGAAAACUUCAAUACCCGGUUUAGACCAUAUAACCCAGAGGAGCGACCUACGACUGCUGCUGGCACAAGUUUGGAUAGGCUGAGGACUAUCUGGAGGACAAUGCAACAUGGUGUAACAGAUAUUAAAGAAAAGCUAAAACUCUCUAAAAAGUUCUGGUCAACAUUACCCUACACAAUCUGCAAGGAUGAGCGAGUGACAGCCGGUCCGUCAGUCGAGGAGGACUGCUGGAAUGGCCACACCAAGGCAAGAUACUUGCCUGAGAUUAUGAAUGAUGGGUUGACCAACCAGAUCAACAAUCCAGAAGUAGAUGUGGACAUCACAAGGCCAGACACCUUCAUUCGACAACAAAUCAUGGCCUUACGUGUCAUGACUAACAAACUGAAGAACGCAUAUAAUGGGAAUGAUGUCAACUUCCAGGAUACAAGUGAUGAAACCAGCGGCUCAGGCAGUGGAAGUGGCUGUACAGAUGACAUCUGUCCCACCGAGUUUGAUUUCAUCACCACUGAAGCACCACCUGUCGACUCAGACAGGAGGGAGGUGGAGGCUUCAGCCACACAGCCUGGCUGGUCACUGCAGACGUUGCUUGUCAUCUUCAUCAGUCUCGUACUGCAGAGACAGUGGAGAUAAUCCUAGAUCUUGUGGGAGAAACUGUGUUUUAGCUACAGAAACAGCCAACUUUCUUCUUUUCUUAUACUCUUGGACAAUGGACCACGCCACAAACACUUGCAGUUUUCUACAAGAGAACAGUACUGCAACCUGCUUCCCAUUUUAGUUUUCCCAAAGAGUACCAGGUACCAGACUGAACUGCUUCCUGCUUUUUUCAGAUAUCUCUGAAGACGAUAUACACUCUUGAGAGAAUUCUUUCUCAAACCUUUAUUACAGGAGACUUUCUGAGCUUCAUUUCCUUUUAUGCUGCAAAAGGGAAAAAGGAUCUUACAGUGUGUGUUUUUCCCCCAUCAGAGAAAAAAGAGGGGGGGAAGAAACUAAGAAAACAGUUUUCUUUCUGAAUCAAGCCUGAUUCAAGGCUGCUGCAUUUCAACAGAAUAUCAAUGAAACAAAAAAAAAAAACACAAGAAGGGAACAAAAAAAUGCAACCGUUCUUCGCUGACAGCCAGGUUUCCUUAGGAACUUCUGUAGGAUGAUUCAGGUCAUCAGAAUGAUCAUUGUUAUAGGGAGGAAGGCUGGAUUUUUUUUUCCAACACAAAAGUAUGUCUCAACAGUGAAUGUCUUGCACUCCAUCUGCCAACCACAUCAGAUUGGUAUGAAGGCAGAGAAGCUGAAAAAUAAGUUUACCUUUUAGUAUGGUAGUAGCUCCACUAGCUUCAGAAUAUCAUGUUACAGUUGUUUAGUAUUUAAAUCUUAAUGCCCAGUAAAAAUAUGAGUAGUAGCACAGUUUCUUUUAGAAUUUAUCCAUGUUAUGCAAUUGGCACAGUUUUCCACUUAGCUCACUGCUGUGAGCUCAUCAGCCAUGACGGUAAUAUAAACAACGCUCUUGACCCCUCAAGGGUUCAGAUAGAAAAUAAUCUCUUGUGAUAGAAUCUUUUUCCUUUUGUUACUGUUCUGACAUUGAUUAGAACUUUCUGCUACUAUGUUCAUUAUCCUACCAAAAUGGCAAUUCUCUAAUGGACUAACAGCAACUGGAUCAAUAGUGUGUUUCACACCUAACUACAUCUUUCAUAUCAGUUAAUUUGAGUGUCACAAGGAUUUCGUCUACAAAAUCUCAGAACAAACAAAUAUAUAGUACUGACAUGGAGAUUUCUUUCACUUUUUUAGUCUUAGUAUGAUCAUCUAUUUUUAUAUAUAUAAAUAUAUAUAAAUCACAGAUUUUAACUUCUUAAUUACAAGCUCAGGGUUGACACUUCUUUGUAAGAAAAAAACUUUUGGUCAACCAGCUCUUCUUUUUUUUGUGCUGCUCUGGAAAGUAGCCCUUUGAUGACUGGUAAGCAUGAAAAUCAAAGAAGAGAAUUUUUUACGUAUCCAGUUGUCCAUUUCUUAACAAGUUUGCAGGAUGAGGGAGAUAACCUCUCUCAUAUGUAUGUAUUUGUGGGGGGCAUGUGAGUUUGUAUGAUAGGCCUAGAGAAGGACUGGGAUGUUAAUUGUGAUGGCAAUUGUACUCUCAGAUUCUUCAAGCAUACCUUGCUUUAAUAAUCAUUGCCUAAAUGACCAUGGUCCUGGAUAGAGUUUUUUGCAUCUGGUCAUAAGACCCAAGGUGGAAGCUGUUUCAAUCCUGGCCAAAUGAGUGUCAACAAUUAGACAUCAAAAUCUUCCUUCUUCUAUCAGCUGCAGACAAAAGACUUCUGGGGCAAUGUUGUGUGGUGUUGAAAUGAUUUGCCAGAAAUUUAUUUCCUGAUUCUUAUGUUGACUCUGGAAAUGGUAUAGACAAAUUGUAGUAACACUGUAAAUCCAGCCAACCACGUUACAAUUUAGCAGCAGAGCAGGUAGAUCUUAUCCAUUGCCAUCACUUUUUCUUGUCAAAUUAUAAUUAGCUAUCGAUUUAGGCAUGAAAUUAAAAUAGAAACACACAGUACGUUAGGAUAAAGUAUACUUAAGCACUUUUACCAGAAAGUAUUUACAAACUAUUUAUAUAGUAUGUCUAAUAACAAAAAGCAUAGGUUUUGAGCCACUUGUAUUCCAUGCUUUUUAUUUUUCCUGUUUAUUUGUUUGUUUGCUUCAGAGUAUAACAAUAGCAUCAUAGAAUGAUAGAACCAUAGAAUCAUUUGGGUUGGAAGAGACUUUAAAGAUCAUCUAGUUCCAAUCACCCUGCCAUGGGCAGGCAUACCAUUCACUAGAUAAGGCUGUUUAGGGCCCCAUCCAACCUGGCCCUGACAGGUGGUCUGUUCCUCUGGGCCCAGAUUAGUGUGCAUGAGUCACUGUCUAAGCGUUCAGAUCACACGAGUCUUACACCAGCCAUAGCAAUGUGUCCCACUUCUCCAAGGGUUCUCCCUGGAGCAAGUCUUGUCAUUUAGUAUUUACUGUCUCUAGGAAGUUUAAGCCAAUUCUUAUUGGUUUUUUCUUUUGCCCUGGCACAGCAAGUACCAAGCAAAGGGUCUUUGCUUUUAAUUUUUUUCCUAAACUUGCACAUGUAUCAUUUUACAGAGAGAACUCUUUAAAAAUCUCCCCUGGUCCAUCUCUUUCUACCCAUCUCCACAUCCUUUCUACCCAUCUCCACAUCCUUUCUACGCUUCUCUUUAGCAACUUUGUUUCAGGAAAAGCUGAGUGUGAUUUUGACUUCUCCCACUGUGUGUUUAUUCAGUGGUAACUGAUACUAUUAUUCUCGGUCUGGAAGCUUAUCAACAGGCAACAAAGUCCAAGGCCUCUAAGGCAAAUCCUCUGUUGCACCUGCUCCACACUGCUAGUAAAGGAGCUGAUGGACUCAUCAGGUCUUUGUGUUAGCCUCAGCCCACACGUAGUGAUCUGGUGACUAUUUUCAGCUGGUGCAACCAAGGUGAGUGUCCAGGGUGUUCUCAGCUGUUUGUAGACCUCCACGGACUUUUGGACAAGGAGGAAGAGAGAUCCCUAAGAACUAGGAUGUGUGCUAAAGGCUGUUCUCACUCGGGGAGCUUGCAGCAGAGACUCUCCUCUUCUUGGACUGGAUCUUACAAACUGCUGCUCAAAAAACAAACCAGCCUAAUCUUUGUCAAAAUGUAAUUGUAUCAAGGGAGUUCUGCCAGAAAUUUAUGUCUUCCAUAAUAUUAUUUCUCCUCUUAUUUUCCUACUAUGCAUGGUGAUAUCUUGUCAGGAGAUGGAGAUGCCUUUUCGUGAGGUAUUGUGCAUACAUUUCUUUAAUAGUCCCUAAAGGUUAAAUACUCUGUUCCUACAUUGCAUUUUUCUGAGAUUAAGAGAGCUAUUACAUCUGCAGGAGGAAAUUAAUUUGGGAAUGAAAGAAAGAAAAGAAAGAACAUUCGUGUUCAUAAAUAUAAGACUCUACAUAAUUUCCAGUGUUUCUAUUUGCAUAUCCUUUGCAUCCAAUAACUCUUCUAAUAAGGUAAUUUUUUGGUGUGCCACAAUUUAAAUUUCUCUUCUGCUAGCAGCCAACAAAGUAAGAAAUUAUAAAGAAGACAAUUACCUGUUCAAGAAAGUGAAGCUAAGUCCUAAGGAAAAGUCCUUUGGUUGUGUAAACCAUCUAUGCUGCACAAUCCAGAAAUUCUUGACAUUUUGUGUUCUUUUAAAGUGGAGACUAAUAAAAAAUUAGAUCCAAUCACUUACAUAACCAGUGCUGCAGAGCCCUGUGAGGUUUUUCUUUUCAAUAUUGACUGAAUUGCUUUGGCACCAACCCCAAAUUUUUAACGUUUAUUGUAUUGCAGACUUUUCUACUGAUAACUCAGUACAUAGUAUUAUAACCACAGUGCAGAAUUCCUGAACUCUGGCCAAACUUAGGCAUUCCAAAAGAGACAAUCAGAAAAAAAAAUUGAAAAAAGGGGGUAGAGAUUUCCAGCAAAAGAGCAAAAGGACAGGAACCUGUGCCUCGGUGUUCUGGUAAGGGUUGAUCUAUCCCAAUACCCUAAGAGAUAUCACAGAACUCUGUCCAUGGAAAGCUCCCAAAACCUGAACGUCAGACACAAAAAUCAUCCCAGUUCUGUGGGAUCUUUAUGAAGGAUUAUUCCCACAGAUGUAUGAACCAGUUUCACCUGCUUCCAUGCAAAAUGUCUUUACUGUGCGAGUAGCAGCACACUGGGACAGAUUGCCCAGAGAGGUUGUGGAGUCUCCCUCACAGGAGAUAUUCAAGAACCAUCUGGAUGCAAUCCUGUGCAGUGUGCCCUGGGAUGACCCUGACUGAGUAGGGAGGUUGGAGCAGGUGAUCCACUGUGGUCACUUCCAACCUCACCCAUUCUGUGAUUCUGUGAUUAUGUGAUUCUGUGAGCUGGAGCUGUUCUUGGGAGCUGGACUGCACGUGCAGUGUCUCAGUAGGCAGCAGUUGCCUUCAAUUUACUGACUCUGAAUCAUUAUCAAAUGUAACUAUACUUAUUCACUGAGACAUUUAUUACUUCAACGUGAAAAAUAAAUUACAGCACUGAUGCAAGUUGUGUUUUUUGUUUUUAAUUUGCUUCCAAAGGUAACCCAUUAAAACUGAACACAGAAAAUUUUAGAAUGAAUAUGCAUGUUUCAACAGAUUUCAUUUUGGAUAUUAAGAAGAAAUCCUCAUUUCAAAGACCACAAAAUGAUAUUUACUGUAUUAACCCACAAAUGUUCAAAGCUACUAAAGGAGAAUUAAUAGAGUUAACAACAGUGGAAUAUUACAUAAAAUUGCAAAAGCCAUAAUUUUAAUGGGAAAUUCAGCAGUCAAAGGCUAAAUCUUAGCAUCAGGACUGAGAUUAUGUUGUCAGAACACAAUAGACUCAGUAAUGCCUACUUUCAAGAAAGUUAGGACAGGUGAUGUACUUAAUAUGGCAAUGUUUUCAUUACAGCUACUCAAAUGGACUGUGAGGAUCAUAUUGACAUGUGUAAUUAUGAUCAUUUUUUUAAUAAAACAAUGAUAAAGACCAGAGUACCUUGGUAACAGGGUACAUGAAAGAUAAAUGUUAUGAUAGUAAGCAUUAUCUAAUCUGUUAAACAGUAUAGGAAAUGUAAUGGAAAUCAAUGUAAUUGAUUUCUGGAAGUUUCAAUGUAAUUGAAACUAAUUUUUAAAGUAAAAUUCUAGCAUCUGACAGGAGUGAUGGUCUCAGAUUAGUUUAGUCAGAACAUUUUCCAACUGUUUAUCAUAUUCAAAUCUGCUGACCAAAAUAACCAAUCAAUCACUUGAGGGUAAUUUGCCAACAUAACAGGAAAUGUUUGUUUACAGUACUUACUUACUUUUUCUACUGAACUGAUUGUGCAUCAUGUGAUCAUAUAACAAACAUGUGCAUUUCACCUGUGUGAAAUCCUGUCACCAUGACAAUGCCAAUGAGAGCUUUGUCAUUAACAAGGAUUUUGACUAUAAUCAGAGAGGAAAAAGAAAGUCUCUUUUUUUCUGGAAGCUGUUCAUAUUUGGGUUCUUUCUGACUCUCAAUAAAAAAACAACAUUGUCCAUAAAAAAGUGACAUUACCAUCAUCACCUGUAAGUUUCCAAAGUUUACUCUGAAAGAGUUGCAAUCUUUCUGCCUGGCUUCCCCACAGCCAAGGUCUCUGGACUGUCCAGAAGUUGAAGAAAGUAGUGUAUGGUUGUCUAUAACUUGAAGUCUACACAAUUACAUCAAACCAUUUAAAGAAAAUGGGUCAGUAUUUCAAUCAUCUCUCAUUUCACCUUUAUUUUUAAUUAUGCAGCAUUGAUAAUUAACAGUGUAACACACAUGAAAGGCUUUUGUAACACUCUGUGCUAAAAAAAACCUUCUUCCUUUUCCUCUUUUUUUCUGGCACCAGAAAAAUCUGUGAGGCUUCAUACUUAUAGCAGUAGGCAGCAUCUGGUGUGUAGUUUGUUUAUUAAAUUCAGAACAGCUGCAUUACUAAGAGGAGUUAUCUUUUUCUUGAGAGGAAACAGGGAAUGGGAGUGUCCAUUUAUCAUUAGCGAAAAAGAGGUACAGAAUGGCAAAUAUUUAUUUUAGAUAUAGUAGGGGUCCAUCCAUCCAUCAGCAUUUCUGAAGACAUUUUAAAGCCAAAUUUCCACAGAAGACAAACCUACUCCCACUAAAAUAUAAAUCAAUAUGAUUUUUUUUCCCUGAAAAAGUACAGAUUAUAUGGCUUACAGUUCCAAGCAUAAGUGGAGUUGGAAAGAAAUUUGCCUUCUCCAAAGUGGGAUG